AUGUGGCUGCUAUGUUCACAACGGGCCCGGACGAGAACGCAGGAUGAUAUGACAGAGCUAUACUCUGUAUGCGUGGCCGCUCAAAAACGAUUGGAAGACACCAUCAAGAAGUUCCGGCUGGGCGACGGCAAGUCAGCAAUCUCGAUUGAUAUGACCAAGACGCACAGGCUAGACCAGGUGCAUGAUGCGCUCAAACAAGCCUCGGAUGUUGUCGUUGAAGCUGGCCAGGCUUAUACGGAUGUCACAAGCAAGGACUUUUGGGGUCGUAUCCGCGAAGGUUUCCGGAAGUUCAGUGAGAAGUCCGGGAAUGCGAAAUGCUUCGUUGAACUUAUACCGCAAGCCGACUCAUACCUAUCAGUUCUCACAGGUGGACUGAAACUUAUCUGCACGGCCGCAAGCCGAUUGGGGAAAGUUCGAGUCAUUAUUACUGAGGCUCUUGAAGAUAUUCCUACCAUUCUCAACGAUCAAGGGUUCAUCGCUGAAGCCCUCGACGGGAGAAUGUGCAGCAAGGUCCUCCACGAGAGAAAUGCAGCUUUAUCAGCUGCUGUUCUCAACGCCGUGGAGGCCAUUAUCAUAUGGUUCCGAGAGCACCCGACCAAGAAGACCCUUCGUUCCCUCGGAUCACCGGACACUGCGUACGAGAAUCGCGUAGUCAAACAGAUUGAAGUUGUUAGAAAAAGGGCAGAAGACUUCAAGAGUUAUGCAAACAUUUCGAUGCAAACUCUCUCGCUUCAAAACCACGACCAUAUUAGCUCACUGAUGAAGGAAAUGCACAGAGAUGGGAACAAUCGCAUAAACUGCCUUCACGCUGAGUUUAAUGCCCAUACCCAGAGGACCAACAUGCAGUUCGCAUCGCAGAAUGAACAAUUGCAUACAGUACUCAGCCUUUGUGAGCUUCUAUACCAAGACUUGUAUGUCAAACGUCAAGAACAGUCAAUUUUCCCGCAAAGACCCGUGAAGCCCGCACUGGAGGGACAGCAGCAUGACACACCACUACUCCUUCCUGAGGACCUUAUCACGGAGUACGCGUAUGACCCAUACCUUGUCGGCGAGGACUGCGAAAGGCUUCUGGGUCUCCAACACACCCUGAGAAUUGCGGAUCAAGACCGGGCGGUCGCCUUAAUGCAGGACCCGGCAUUCGUGGCUUGGCUCUCACUCCAUGAGUCCUCCGCUAUCCUGAUCCACGGAAACUCGAAGGCAACCCCCAAAUCAGCCACCAGCUUCGUGUGCGCGAAACUCGUCGAGUCUCUCUUCAUCAAGGCUUUGACCCGGGAGUCCACCACCAUCCCGCUGGCCUUCUUCUGCGGCGAACACACCAACGAGAGGACAGACGAUUACGCCCAUCCUCCAGGCCUGGCACUGAGUCUGCUUCUUCAGCUCAUCGACAAAAUGGCAGCGCACACGCCAAUAAACCCAGAACCCCUACAAAAAGCCAUCCGUGACCUGGAUGCGGAGAAUGGGGUUACUAUACUGAAUCUGUUUGUCAGGAUCGUCGCGCAGCUACCGCCUGAGGCCACUCUGUUCGUCGUCAUUGAUGGUGUUGGGUUUUUCGAAGACAGCAAUCGCAGAGAGGAGAUGAAGUGUCUUGCCAGGAAGCUCGCCCGACUGGUGAAGAAGAAGCAUCAUCCGGUGGUCAAACUACUCAUGGCGACACCUGCGGCUACAAUAGAUGUCAGUGCUCAGUUCAGGUCUAAUGAUGCACAGGUUCUCGACAUGCGACGGACGUAUCCGGGACGUAACGGGUUCAAGGCACUCGGUUGGCUUACAGCGGAGCAAAGAUUAGCUGAAAUCGGUGAUGUGGAGGAAGUGGAAAGUUACUAG